CUCUAUUAGGCUGCUGAGCACAAUAAAUGAGAAAGAACUGGGUUAUUCCGCUGGAUUAUGAACGUAGUUCAAUAGCAGUUUCGUGGCUAUAUCUUUUAUAUUUAUAGAUACAUGAGAAGCUUCGUCUGCACCAGCUCACUUUACUGGGUUCAAGGAGGAUGUAGUCAGUGCCGCGUCUGCUAGCAUUUAUUCACCAUUUUUAAAAUCGUCUACUGAUGAAACGAUUACUUUCUCGAACAGUGGACCGACCCAUUCACAUAACAUCAGUGAGAUGAGAAAAGAUGCUCAGGAUAGACCAUAGACCGUAUAAAAAGGGAUAGACGCAUGGAAAUAGUACCCUGUUUUGUAGGUGAAAGGUCGUAAAGAUCAGUAGGAUGUUCCGUAUGCAGAGAAAACGUAGUUACCGCCCCUUACGCACAUGACCACAUUUCGAUGUUCUAAUUGGCUGGUAUGAACUGUCCCCUUUGAGAGGCUGUUAGCCAUAGACAUGUAUGUCUAUGCUGUUAGCUACCACAAAAAAAAUGCAGGGACGAUGAUUUUGAUUACUAUCGCCGGGUGUCGAGGACAUAUCGAGCGUGACUGUCCUAUAUCAGUGACAGAAUGCGUUUGAUCAUAGUGACAGUAUUACAUCAAAGACGACGAGGGUUCAAGCGACAUAGUUUAGCCUUUCAUUCAGUUUUAAAUACGUUCCGUUGUAUAUUUAACUAAAUUCCAGUUCCGCUGUAGAUUUAGUGGCUAUACAGUCACAUUGGUUGUUGAUACUGCUUGGUAUUAAGUGGUCAUUGCGUUUCCAACUGGAGGAAAUGGAGAAAAAGGAGGAAAGUUGUCUUCCCGCGAACAGAAAUAUUUUGUGUCUGUUUGACGUGGACGGAACGCUAACUCCUCCCCGAGAGAAGAUCGACCCACAGCUGGACGCCUUUUUCCAGUCCCUGCGCAGGAAGGUGAAGAUCGGAGUGGUGGGGGGGUCCGACUACUCUAAGAUAGCGGAACAGCUGGGGGAGGGCGAUGAAGUUAUUCACAAGUUUGACUACGUGUUUGCGGAGAACGGUACCGUGCAGUAUAAGGACGGGAAACUCAUCUCCAAACAGGCAAUUCAGAACGAGCUGGGGGAAGAGCUACUGCAGGACCUUAUCAACUUCUGCCUCAGGUACAUGGGGCUCAUCAAACUGCCCAAAAAAAGGGGCACGUUCAUUGAAUUUCGGAACGGCAUGCUCAACAUAUCUCCCAUUGGUCGGAGCUGCACGCUUGAAGAGCGAAUAGAAUUCUCUGAAAUUGACAAGAGGGAGAAGAUUCGGGAGAAGUUUGUAGCUGCUCUACAGGAAGAAUUUGCGGGGAAGGGCCUGAGGUUCACCAGGGGGGGUCUGAUCAGUUUCGAUGUGUUCCCCGAAGGCUGGGACAAGCGUUUGUGCCUGGAAGUGCUGGAGGGGGACAGGCUGGAGGCCAUCUACUUUUUUGGAAAUGAGACAUCGUGUGGGGGAAAUGACUAUGAGAUUUUCAAUGACCCACGGACCAUCGGCUUCACUGUCUAUUCUCCCACUGACACGGCCAGACUCUGCAGGAACCUGUUCUUCUGUACUCCUCCCAAAGAGUGCUGACGUGUGGUCAAGCCACCGGUCCUCUCUGCAUCCCUCAUGCUCCCCCUGGUGUCCAGGAUAUGUAUUGCACUGAGUUGCAUGAGUGUUAGAAGGGGAGUGGCAGUACAACACUACUGAUCAACUUUUAUCACUAAUUAUUAUGACACGAUGGUAAUUAGCGCAUGAAUGAUAAAGCGAUCCAAAGUAAUGGUCAUGACUGGACCUGAGAAGCCUAAAGUGCUUUCAAACAUGGCGGCAUAAGUCAGUUACUGUUGUAUCUAAAAAUGAGAAAAGUGAUUUCAAAGAUGUGGAUCCAUAUUUUUUUAAAUGCUUUUACUAGAAGCUAAUGUUUUCCUUUGAUUUCAAUUGGAAAUGUGCAGCAUGUCAACAUCAGAGGAUUCUUCAUUUUUAUGGCACAUUUUUAGCAUCCGGUGAGUAUCUUGUGGAUGUGUAUGUGCCCACGUGCCAUGCAUUUUGCACUCCAGUUGUCCUGUAACACUUUUUUUAAUAUGUCCAAAGUUUACGUUUUAUGAUUGUAGUGAACACGGUGAGUAGCUUGUGCUGUUUUAAUGCAGAACAAUGGUCUAAAUCGCAGAAAGAAAUAAUCUGCAGGCUCGAGUAGAGGAAACGUCUGUGUGCAAUGGUGCAUUGUUUUAAAUGUAAUGUUGGAGAUUAUGAUGCAGGAACAGAAGUGAAUCUCAUUUAAUGAUUCAGCUGGAAUCAUUCCUUGUUGUAAUAUUAUGUUGCUGGGCUCACAAUUGCACAUCCUGCUAAAACAAUCUCCUUCUUGGAAAUGCUGCUGAAGUCUGUUUGCACACAGACUAAACUGCUGCGUAUAGCUCUAUUACUACAGAAUGUACAAUCACAAACAGUUUUCUCAGUCACUGAGGGACUUGUGGAAGACUACCAAGAUGUCUCUCGUGCAAAAAUGUUUGAGCUGCCCUCUCGGCUAGUAGUAUGGCAAAGUUCACUUGCAGUACGGUUGAAGUCGAGAGGAACCAUUGAGCCAGUUUAUUUGUGGACCAAACUUGGAAAACCAAACCUGUUCUGUAGGGAAAGUUUGAGUAAAGAGGUCAAGGCAUUGCUUAUUAGCUUACUAAUGCUUAAAAGUCUGUUUAACAGACUGUUUUCAAUUUUGAGUAUUUGGUUAAUGUGUUUGUUAACAGCUUUGAAAAAGGGGACUUGCAUUAGUACAACACUGGCCUCAUGUCCCCCUCAGUAACUCCCAGUCCUGUGAAGUGGGAGCAGUUUCUGUGUUUUCUGGGUGUGUGUGUGUGUGUGUGUGUGUGUUUGUGCGCGCGUGUGCGCACUAAAGCAAAGCAGCUACUGGUGACACCCACUGUCCAUCCAAGGGCGGUGUGUUUGACGGAAGACACUAGAUUUCAAAUGUAAGUUUUACACUCCCAACAUUCCCCAUUAAAUAAAGGGAAAUCAACACUCCUUUCAACCUAAAAUUCUGUGGGGAAAAAAUGCGGGCAGGCGGGGUCAAACUCAGUUCCUGGGGGCUGCAGUAUCUGCAGGUUUUUUUGGUCUCCUAGAGUCAGUGACUCAGUGGCUGAAAUGAAUCGCAGGUGUGGAAAUGCACCUGAAACCAGCAAGACCCUGCGAUCCUCACUGACUGCAUUCUGACGUCCCUGAUGGAAGUGAACCUAUCAGUGUAGCAAGUAAUCUGUGAAAUAUCAAGUCAUUAAAUGUUGACUGUUGAGCAUGAGCUGGGUAAUAUGGCCAUUUAUGUUUUGGAAUAAAGUGUUGUGAUGAUUGACACUCA